AUGGAAAUAAAAUACCAAGAAAUACUCGCGGGAGGGUUUCAUGCACCAACCAGGUGUAGAGCCAAGUACAGAGUUGCUAUAUUAAUACCAUACAGAGACAGGAAAACAAAUCUUAUAAUAUUUCUAAACCACAUGCAUAAGUUCAUGAAAAAGCAACUAUUGGAAUACCAAAUUUUCCUGAUAGAACAAAUAGAUAAGGACAGAUUCAAUAAAGGAGCAUUAUUCAACAUAGGCUAUACAGUAUCACGAGUGUUUGGUAAUUGGCAUUGCUACGUCUUCCAUGAUGUAGAUCUUCUCCCGAUCGACGGCAGAGUAUUGUACUCCUGUCCUCAACAACCUACUCACAUGUCAUCGGCGGUGGACUGUUAUGAUUUCAGACUGCCAUAUUAUGGGUUAUUUGGUGGUGUGACUAUUCUAAAGCCUACUCAUUACGAAGCUGUAAACGGUUAUUCGAAUUAUUAUUGGGAUUGGGGGGCAGAAGACGACGACAUGUACGCCAGAUUGCAGGCACAAAAGUUCCCUGUGUUACAUUAUAGCUACUCAUUGGGGAGAUACGCAACUCUACCUCAUUCUCCGGCAAAAGAGAACUCCCAAAAGCAAGUAUAUCUGGUCAUAAAUACAUAA